GUCGAGCCUUCUUUGCUUGGAAUCUGAUUCCAACCGAUCCUGACUAGCCUCUGCCUCCGCGCCCCUCUCCGCAUCUGGUGUCCGGGCACCUGCCGGUCUUAGCCAUCCUAAGUCCUUCACUUUCUCUCUUCCCUUCCCGUCUCCUCCUGCCACAAAUGAAAUUGGCGGCGAUGAUCAAGAAGAUGUGCCCCAGCGAGUCGGAGCUGAACAUCCCGGCCAAAAACUGCUACCGGAUGGUCAUCCUGGGUUCUUCCAAGGUGGGCAAGACGGCCAUCGUGUCUCGCUUCCUAACGGGCCGCUUCGAGGACACUUACACGCCCACGAUCGAGGACUUCCACCGAAAGUUCUACUCCAUCCGCGGAGAAGUCUAUCAGCUGGACAUCCUUGACACUUCGGGCAAUCACCCCUUCCCGGCUAUUCGGCGCCUCUCCAUUCUCACAGGAGAUGUCUUUAUCCUAGUCUUCAGCUUGGAUAACCGAGACUCCUUUGAAGAGGUGCAGCGCCUUAAGCAGCAGAUUCUAGACACGAAGUCUUGCCUGAAGAACAAGACGAAGGAGAACAUUGAAGUGCCCCUGGUGAUCUGUGGCAACAAAGGGGAUAGGGAUUUUUACCGAGAAGUGGAGCCCAGGGAGAUAGAACAACUGGUUGGAGACGACCCUCAGCGCUGUGCCUAUUUUGAAAUCUCUGCAAAGAAGAACAGCAGCCUGGACCAGAUGUUCCAGGCCCUCUUCACCAUGGCCAAACUGCCCAGUGAAAUGAGCCCAGACCUUCACCGAAAAGUCUCAAUCCAGUACUGUGACAUAUUGCACAAGAAAGCUCUGAAGAACAAGAAACUCUUGAAAGAGGGUAGUGGAGGUGGGUCAGGAGAGGCCUUUGGUAUCGUGGCACCCUUUGCCCGAAGGCCCAGUAUCCACAGUGACCUUAUGUACAUCCGGGAGAAAGCCAUUGGGGGUAGCCAGGCCAAGGACAAAGAGCGCUGUGUCAUCAGCUAGGAGUCACCCACUCCUUUUACUAAGCUAAUAACUAAAACAAAGAAGAUUUUUUUUGUUUAAGGAAAAAAUAAAGAUGUUCUGGCUGACCCUUCCCCCAGUGGCAUGGGCUCCAGGCUAGCAUCUGACCUCCAAGUCAGCUUCCCUGGGGGUACUUACUAUCUGACCUUCCCCACCCUGUAUGAUGGGAUCACAGUGGACUAUGGGUGCUCUUCCUUUGGAGCACUUGAAACUCGAGAGAAGGAAAGAAAUGACUUAAACUAGAAAGCCCCAACCAAGCCAUGGUGGGGAAGGGGGAAUGUCCAUUACAGGACGAUCUAAGGAAAGGACAGAAAUUCAAAUGGGGUAGGGGUAGUGGUCUGGAAAUGUGCAACUUGUCAUCUGUUUUGCCAGAAUACAAAAAAAAGAGAGGCAUUUUCUAAUAUAAGACAACUGAACUGCCACAAGAUCCUCUGGCAAGAUCCUCUCCCUCUGGUAUCAAAGCUGGGAUGUGGUUGAGGGUCAAAAACCCAGGCAAUCCAACAAAAGCUAACUGUGUUUACAUGUGUUUCAGUGGAAAAAAGGAAAAAAACUUGCACUUUAUAGUAGAUAUGCUGUCAUGGACAUGAACAAAAUCUUUUUUUUUUUAAGUGUUUAUACUGUGUGUGAAAAUGUUAUGGUUAUUAUUUUUUUUAAGUAAAAUAAAAGUCAUUAAAAAUGAAAAA